AUGGCCACCAGCGCCCUCCUCGAACCCCUUGUCGUCGUCACCCUCCUCUUUGGAGGAUCCUACUUCAACCGCAACAAAGACUACGACUUCUUCAAGGGCAAAUCGACGAUCACGAGACAUAAUGCAAGCCACAAGAAGGACGAUGACCACCUCAAGCGCUCAUCCUCACCCGAUGGAAGCGACUCCGACACCAACAGCUGGAGCGGCAGCAGCUUGAACGCCAGCCUGGCCCCCCACGAGGUCCCCACGCUGCGCCGCCGCAAGGUCCAGUUCUUCGGAUACCGUCGUGUGGUGACGACGCCCAACACCCUCGUCUUUAAGGACAGGCUCCUGAGCCGUGUCCUCCAAAAGUUCCCUUUCCUCGCCGAGGCCUGGUACUGGGCCCUCAUCUACUGGGUCUACCAGGUCGGACGCGCCUUCACGGCCCUGACCCUGGUCGAGGGCACCGUCGACGUCGCCCGCCGGCACGCCCUGCAGCUCAUCCACCUGGAGCAGUAUCUUGGCAUCUUUAUCGAGCUUCCCAUCCAGCGCUGGUUCCUCGGCCACCCCACCCUCAUGCACUGGAUCAACAGGGUCUACUCCUUCAUCCACAUCCCCGGCACCAUCUUCUUCCUCGUCGUGCUCUUCUACCUGACCACGACGCGCAAGCGCCGUCUCGCCGCCGGUCGCGUCUCCUCUGACAACAUCGCCGCCGGCGCCGCCACGUACGAGGCCCGCCGCCGCACAAUGGCCAUGUGCAACCUCCUCGCCUUUGUCGUCUUCACCCUCUGGCCCUGCAUGCCCCCGCGCCUCCUCAGCGACCCCACCUACCACGGUGCCGAUGCCACGGAGUCCAAGAGCUACGGGUUCGUCGACACCGUCCACAGCUCUGCCGGCGAGAGCAGCGUGUGGACUACCAACAAAUUCUGCAACCAAUACGCCGCCAUGCCUUCCCUCCACUUUGGCUACUCCCUCCUCAUCGGCCUCACCAUUGCCACCCUCCCCAUCACCGGCCUUCGCCCCUCCUCGCCCAAGCGCAUCGCCAUCAUCGCUCUGGGAAUGUCGUACCCGGCCCUCAUCCUGACCGCCAUCGUUUCCACGGCUAACCACUUUGUCCUCGAUGCCGUUGCCGGUGCCAUAGUCUGUGGUAUCGCCUGGAACGCCAACGGCCUGCUCCUCAACCUGUGUGUUCUCGAGGACUACUUCCUCUGGUUUGUCCGCAUCCACAAGCCCGUGCACUACACCGAUCCGGAGACGGCCGUCGACCCUGAUUUCCAGAUCCCUCUGCUCUCGGAGGGUGUCUGA